AACCACAUAGUUAGAAUUGGUGAAGAAAAUGAGCUGAAGAGUGUGGCGAUCUCAGAGUUCGACGUCCUUAAACCCUCGUUUUAGGGCAGAAACAGAAAUGGAGCGCCGCAAAUUUACUUCAUAGCCUGUCGUAAUAAAAAAUUACCAUUUUGCUUCGAAGGGCGGUAGGUGGUUUUUUGUUUGUUGAAUUGGGUCAUUUAUCAGCAGUAGUCUAGUAGAGAAUGUCUGCAGAUGCAUUAAGGUACAAGCUCAAUAAAAAACUCAAAAUUGGAGCUUCAAGAUCAAACAACUUAGAUGAUGGAAACAAAAAGGCCCAAAGUGCUUUUGGUGAAAGAGAAUAUGGUGGGAAGAAUUUGAAGUUGUGUGUUAAGGAUAAAAAGAUUAACACAGGUCAAGAAGGGAGCCAGGGAAUGAUUGAUGCUAAGAAAAAGCCUAGACCUUGGAGUUCUCAUGGGGCUAGGAAGAGAAUAUAUGCUGAUCAAGAAAGCAGUAGGGAGAUAGUAUCAUAUGGUAAUGCAAAGGCACCGAUUAGAAAGGCUUUAUCUAGGACACGACAGAACCAGGUGAAGGAUGAUUUUGUUAAGGCAAAUCACAGCAAUGUAUCAUCUCGCUCAAUGUGGACUUCUGGUAUGUUAGAGGAUAAUACUUCUGAAAGUAAACGUUCUUCUUGUAAAGUUAAGAACCUGGUGAAAAGUGCACAAGUAUCUUAUGCUGGUUUGUCAAAGAAGUAUGACAGGAGUAACUUGGGCUCAAGUCAGGGUUUGGAUCCUAGUGAGAAAAAAUCACCUGGUGUAUCUCUCCUGAAUUCUGCAAAGAAAAAAGUUCGAGAUAGAAGAAGUGCAGAAGAAGAUUUGGAGGCAUCAGGUGAGAAACCAAAGAAGAGAAAGCGGGUGAUUCGGAUAGAUCCAUAUGAUAUCUCAAAUAAACGGCUAAAUGAUGACAUCAAUGAUGAUGAAAGCGCAAAAGAAAAGAAGAAAGAUUUGGAGCAAAAGGUUGACAUGUCAAAGAAUGCACAAUUUCGUGCAAUACAACCCAGUCCCUCAAUCCUUUCCUUUGUGGAAGACAACUUGUUGGGUCGUAGGCGAUUGAUUGAACUGCGGAGGGCAGGCUAUAACACUGAACUUUCUGCCCCAUUGGAUAAUAUUCCCUUCUCCACAAGCACAGAAAGAGAGCGAAUUGAAGAAAAUGUAUUCAGGAAUAAAUUGACAUUUUUUGCUGCUGCAAAGGUUUCUUCUUCAUUUCCACCACCUGAUCUACCCGAAAUUGCAUUUGCAGGAAGGUCGAAUGUCGGAAAGUCAUCAUUACUUAAUGCUCUUACCAGACAGUGGGGUGUUGUACGGACAUCAGACAAACCUGGUCUUACCCAGACUAUUAAUUUCUUCAACCUGGGAUCAAAGCUCUCCUUGGUUGAUUUACCUGGAUAUGGUUUUGCUUAUGCAAAAGAAGAAGUGAAGGAUGCUUGGGAGGAGCUUGUAAAGGAGUAUGUUUCCACAAGAGUUGGUCUAAAACGAGUUUGCCUCCUUAUUGACACAAAAUGGGGAAUGAAGCCAAGGGAUCACGAACUCAUUAACUUAAUGGAGAGAGCUCAAACUAAAUACCAGAUUGUUUUAACUAAGACAGAUAUGGUUUUCCCAAUUGAUCUGGCACGUCAUGCAAUGCGAAUUGAAGAGAGCCUCAAGGCCCAUAAAUCUGUUGUUCAGCCAGUGAUGAUGGUUAGCUCAAAAUCAGGAGCUGGUAUUCGAUGUUUAAGAACAGUGCUUAGCAAGAUAGCACGAUUUGCCAAACUCUAAAUCUGCAGCCAGGCUGUGGCCUUCUUUGAUGCAAAUGUUUUGGCUUGACAUUUCUGUUCGUGUCAAUAGCUUUGAUUGCACUGAAUUGUCUAUCAGCAUGCAAGAGUGACCAGGAGAGGAGGCAGCAUUUGCCAUUUUUUGGGUUGGCAUUUAUUUUGGGGUCUAAAAGCUUCAAUUACACAGAAAUUGUGUGUGUGUGUGUGUGUGUGCAAGGGGUGACCAGGAGAGUUGGCAACAUUUGACGGCAUAACUCAUUUACAAAUUUUAAGUUGGAAGCAUGCUAUGCGGUUCCAAGCAGGACGCUGCCAAAAGGAAAAUCUCUUUUGUUCAAAAUUUCGGGAGGUCAUAAAUUACAGGUUUUUUAUUUGGAAGUAGUUUAGUUUGGGCAGGUUAUAGACUGUAAAUUGUGAACCAUUUUUUUAUUAGAGGCAGCUCUUGUUAAUUCCAUUAAUUCCCUGUUUUUUUCUAUACCGAAUGAUUUUUAUUUAAUUAUUUAUUUUCUUUGUCUAGAGCAAAUAGUGGUUUUGA